AUGGCAUUGCGUAUUUCUGAAUGGCGCAAGCUGCCUGUCAGUCUGGCCGAGCUCUGUAUCGAAACGACUUUGCGUUGCGGUCAAUCUUUUCGGUGGAAAAAGCUCAGGGACGAUGAAUGGACUUGCGCUCUCCACGGGCGAAUCCUUUCUCUCAAGCAGGACUCCACGCAUCUCCAUUAUCGAACGAUAUGGCCCAGCAUUUCGCGCUCAUUGAAGUCUUCUCCCUCUACGAAUGUGACUUCGGACCCUUCAGGCGAAGAUGCAGAUACCGAGGACUUGCUCAAGCAUUAUCUGAAUCUAUCUCCUGACUUAACAUCUCUCUAUGAACAAUGGUCUUCUGCCGAUUCGAAUUUCAAGAAGAGAGCCCCCAAAUUCACUGGAGUGCGGAUCUUGAAGCAAGAUCCUUGGGAAGCUCUCGUGGGAUUCAUUUGCAGCAGUAACAACAAUAUCGUGAGGAUAUCACAGAUGAUUAACAACCUGUGCUUGCAUUAUGGUCCUCUGGUAGGUCACGUUGACGACAUACCAAUACAUGAUUUCCCAACACCCUCAGCUCUUUCAGGGCCAGGUGUCGAGUCACGACUGAGGGGACUCGGAUUCGGAUAUCGUGCUGCGUAUAUCGCCAAAACCGCGUUAAUGGUUGCGAAGGAGAAGCCCGAAGGUUGGCUGGAGAGUUUGUGCAACAGACAGCCUUACGAUGGUAGCCUAGACCAAAAACCAUUACCUCAGGGAGGUCGCGAAGGUUACCGUAAAGCUCAUGAAGCAUUGCUUGAGCUCCAAGGAGUGGGACCAAAAGUUGCUGAUUGCGUGUGCUUGAUGGGCCUUGGCUGGGGCGAGGCUGUUCCUGUUGACACUCACGUAUGGCAAAUCGCCCAGCGAGACUACAAGUUUGGAAAGGGAAAGCACAAAAGUCUCACCAAAGCUACAUAUGAUGCUAUCGGAGAUCAUUUCAGACAACUGUGGGGUGAAGAAGCGGGAUGGGCUCAUUCGGUUCUUUUUGCUGCAGAUUUGAAGACAUUCUCGGAAAGACUGAAAACCAAGGUCGAAGCUGAAGUUGAUGACGUGAAGAUCAAACAAGAGGAUGAGCUUCUUCUGGAAUCCAAAGUGGUGCUAAAGCGGGAGUUUGAUGUGGGCGAGCUCAAGGAUGGGCCUCUUGAUGAGAAGAAGGAUUUUAGGAUUGAAAGCUCAAGAAGCCAAAGGGUAAAGCGGCGGAAGAUUGUGUGA